CAGCGUGCGGCACGUGCCGGUGUUUACGUCCCUCGUGGAGCCGCCGACGUCAGCAGCCGAAUGCUAACAUUGUGGCGAUACCGAGGCUCAGAGUUUAGGGAGACGCGUCCGUCCAUCAGACAGUUCCGCGCGGUCGGGAAGAGGACGAGGCGGGGAGAUCGGCCUGGAGACGCACACACCGCCGGCCCCCGCCGUCCACCGGCCUUCCCGGCCCCGCGGGACCCGCGUCUUCCCGCUGGGGCGCCGCAGAAGCCGCCCCGCGGCCUCGCGCGCGGUGGGCGGGCGCGGGGCGCUGCCGCGGCGGCGCGGGGCUUGUAAACAGAUCCGGCUGCACGUGACCAUGUGAACUACCUGCUCCAGGGACGGGCGCAUUGUCUGUGUCUCCCGGCGGGCCGGUCCACAAAGGAGCGCGGCGGGUCCGAGCGCGGGGAGGACGGGCGACCGAGCGAGGAGAGCCGGCGGCCGGGACGCUUAAGAUGGCUGAAGGCGCCCGGCGAGGGUGAGCGGGGGGCGCGGCGGCGCAGCCAGCCGGUGAGUUCUCGGCCGGCGGGCGGGCGGGCGGCCAGGACCAGCCGGCGUCGCCUCCCCCGCGGCCUGGCGCCGGAGCCACCAUGUCGUUCGCGCUGGAGGAGACGCUCGAGUCGGACUGGGUGGCCGUGCGGCCCCAUGUGUUCGACGAGCGCGAGAAGCACAAGUUCGUCUUCAUCGUGGCCUGGAACGAGAUCGAGGGCAAGUUUGCCAUCACCUGCCACAACCGGACGGCCCAGAGGCAGAGGAGCGGCUCCCGGGAGCAGGCGGGGACGCGAGGGGGCGCCGAGUCCUGCGCCGCCGCGUCCGACGGGACUCGCGGGCCGGGCUCCAGCCCAGCGGGCAAGGGGCGGCCGGAGGCCACGGCUUCUGCGGCUCCGGGGAGGAGGAGGAGUCCGGGGCCCCGGAGGAGCCCGGCCUCGGCGGAGAGCGGCUCUCCGCGGAGCGCGCGCCACCUCCGGGGGGAUCCGCUGCUGCGGGGACCAGCCGGCAAAGGGGCCGCCGAGAGCCCUCUCCGGAGCCCGGCGCGGGCCAAGUCCGCCCCGGCCCGGAAGGCAUCCGAAGGCAGAGAUGCGGCGGGGGCCGCCUCUGCCGCAUCCCCGCCGGCGCCCAAGGAGGAGGUCCCCCCCGUGUCCUCGGUGCGGGUCGUGAGCGCCUGCGGGGCGGUCUCCGAGGAGAUCGAGGUGCUGGAGAUGGUGAGGGAGGACGAAGCGGCCCCGGCGUCCCCGGCGCGCUCCGACCCGGAUCAGCAGCCCGCCGCCGCCGCCGAGCUGGAGCCCGCGGCCGAGGAGUGCAGCUGGGCCGGGCUCUUCUCCUUCCAGGACCUGCGCGCCGUGCACCAGCAGCUGUGCUCCGUGAACUCGCAGCUGGAGCCCUGCCUGCCCGUCUUCCCCGAGGAGCCCUCGGGCAUGUGGACCGUGCUGUUCGGGGGCGCCCCGGAGAUGACCGAGCAGGAGAUCGACACGCUGUGCUACCAGCUCCAGGUCUACCUGGGCCACGGCCUGGACACCUGCGGUUGGAAGAUCCUCUCCCAGGUGCUGUUUACCGAGACCGACGACCCCGAGGAGUAUUACGAAAGCCUCAGCGAGCUGCGGCAGAAGGGCUACGAAGAAGUGCUGCAGCGGGCCAGGAAGCGCAUCCAGGAGCUCUUGGAUAAGCACAAGAAUAUAGAGAGCAUGGUAGAGCUUCUGGACUUGUAUCAGAUGGAGGAUGAAGCCUACAGCAGCCUUGCAGAAGCCACAACGGAACUCUAUCAGUAUUUACUACAGCCAUUCCGAGACAUGAGAGAACUUGCCAUGCUACGGAGACAGCAGAUCAAGAUUUCCAUGGAGAAUGAUUAUCUGGGUCCCCGAAGAAUUGAAAGUUUACAAAAAGAAGAUGCUGAUUGGCAGCGGAAAGCUCACAUGGCUGUGCUCUCUAUUCAAGAUCUUACUGUCAAAUAUUUUGAAAUAACAGCUAAAGCUCAAAAAGCUGUGUACGAUCGAAUGCGAGCAGAUCAGAAGAAGUUUGGUAAAGCAUCUUGGGCAGCAGCCGCUGAACGUAUGGAGAAACUCCAGUAUGCAGUUUCUAAGGAGACGCUACAGAUGAUGCGAGCAAAAGAGAUCUGUUUGGAACAGAGGAAACAUGCACUAAAAGAAGAGAUGCAGAGUUUGCAGGGUGGUACAGAAGCCAUAGCCCGAUUGGAUCAGUUAGAAGCUGAUUAUUAUGAUCUGCAACUUCAGUUGUAUGAAGUACAGUUUGAAAUCUUGAAGUGUGAAGAGUUAUUGUUGACAGCACAAUUAGAAAGCAUCAAAAGACUUAUAUCAGAAAAGAGAGAUGAAGUGGUGUACUAUGAUACUUAUGAGAGCAUGGAGGCAAUGCUGGAGAAGGAAGAGAUGGCAACGUCAGUGCAUUUACAGAGAGAAGAGCUGCAUAAACUUCAGCAGAAAGCACGCCAGCUGGAAGCAAGACGUGGACGGGUUUCAGCCAAGAAAGCCUACCUCAGAAAUAAAAAGGAAAUUUGUAUUGCAAAACACACUGAAAAAUUCCAUCAGCACCUUCAGAGUGAAGAGAACUACAGAACCCAUCACACAGUACAACUAAAGAGAGAGAAAUUACAUGAUGAAGAAGAAAGAAAAAGUGCUUGGGUUAGUCAAGAAAGACAGAGAACGCUGGAUAGACUUCGAACUUUUAAACAGAGGUACCCUGGCCAAGUUAUAUUUAAAUCAAGCAGAUUGCGACUGGCUCAUGCAAGAAGUGCCGCCAGUCCUGUGCCCUGCGAGGAGCAAUGCAACUCUAUGCCAGGAGCACUGCAGAUAGAAGAGAAAAGUGAAGAGGUGCAGAAAGGAAGAGGCAAGCUUGGGUCAUCACAGACAGCAGAAGCCCAAAGCCUCAUACAACUUGAAGAUACUUCAUUAGUACAACUUGAAGCCACUUCAUUACCUCUCAGUGGUGUUACCUCGGAACUGUGCCCCACUGUUUCUCUUUCACUUUUGAAUAAUAUUGACCUUGAACCAGGUUCUGUUACCACAGAUCCACUCCCACCACCUCUUCCUCCAACACCGCCACCUCCACCACCUCCUCCUCCCCCGCCCCCACCACCACCACCUCUGCCUGUUGCUAAGGACAGCAUCCCAGAGACACUGGAGAAAGAUCUGCCUAGAGUGGAGGGGAACGAGAAGAGAAUCCCUAAAUCUGCGAGUGCCCCUUCAGCACAUCUCUUUGAUAGCAGCCAGCUGGUCAGUGCCAGGAAGAAGCUCAAAAAGACUGCUGAAGGUUUGCAGAGAAGGAGAGUGAGCUCACCCAUGGAUGAGGUGUUAGCUUCCUUGAAACGUGGUAGUUUUCAUCUGAAAAAGGUUGAACAACGAACUCUGCCUCCUUUUCCUGAUGAAGAUGAUAGUAAUAAUAUCUUGGCACAAAUAAGGAAGGGGGUAAAAUUGAAGAAAGUACAGAAGGAAGUUUUGAGAGAAUCCUUCACGCUUCUGCCUGACACAGACCCUCUCACGCGGAGCAUCCAUGAAGCUCUCAGGAGAAUCAAAGAAGCAUCCCCCGAGUCGGAGGAUGAAGAGGAGGCCUUGCCUUGCACAGAAUGGGAAAACUAACAAGUGACUCAUGAAAAAGAAAAAAAUACCUGCGGUUGAAGACCGAUUCAUAUUCUUUUGAAAAACAAAUUUUGGUUCCAGAAUUGGAUUCCAUUAGAUCCAAAGUGUAUUGGCUCAGUGGUGUGAAAAAAGGAAGCACAAUUGGCAAGUUAUUACUCUUCAGUCAUUGCAAUAGAUGGUGGUUAACAUGAGUGUUAGGUGUGCAGUGUUUCUGACUAGAGGGAAGAAAAGGCCUUCAAAGAGAUGGCCUUUUUUUUUUUUUUUUUUUUUUCACCAUCUUCCCCUCCUGUCCACCCACAUACAUACUUACAGUGGCCAGUAAAGCUAGGGGUUGCUAUGAGUUGGAAGAGCACUGGGUGGACAGGGGUCUACUGUAAGUUGUAUUGGGACUGCUUUGAAAUCUAUUUUUCAGUGCACUGGUAGUCAUCUGCUUGAAAAUAACAGAGCUUCUUCCAUAUCAGCUUAUAUAAAUAGUUUGACACUCUGAAAAAGAAGUUUAUCAUGAUAACCAUUGGGCAGGAAUUGGAAGAAAAUCAGAUGAUGAACAUUUCCACAUUACUUAUCUCCAAAGGAAUUUUCAUAAAGAUGUUCAACAAUAUCUGGAAAGAUACAAAACUAUGGAGAUACAUCUAGUUACGUGUUUACCACAAUAUGAUACAUUUAACAUGGCAUAUUUUUAGAAAAUCGCACACUCUUACACUUUGUAAGUUUUUGAAGUAAAAAUUUCCAUGCUUUUAAAUAGCUCUUAAUAAUCGUGAAUUUAUAAUAGUUUGAAUAUUAUGUGCAGCUUUGUUUAUGAGAAGCAAUACUUUGUAAUUUGAUAAUUCAAAUUAUUUUUGGUCUUUUUGUUUGAACUAUUGCUUGAUUACUGUAAUUCAACAUGACUUUCCUAUUAAGAAUCAAAAUUCAGGAUUCUAUAAUAGGAAUGCAGAUUCCUAUUUAUCAUGUCUUUUUAUCAUGUACCAUUUAAGUUUUUAUUUUUACGCUCCACAGUGGGAAAAAAAAAAAGUGAUCUACAGAUAUGCAGAAGAAAUUAGACAAGCAGAAAAGCCUCCUUAGCUGGCAUUUCACUAUCCUCACAUGCUUUGAGUGGAGUUUUUGGAUAGAGCCUUUGUUAUUGUCACUAAAUUAAACGUGUGUAGCUCUAGGUGCCUGUUUUGCUAUAAUGGAGUCCCGAAGGGUGCGUUUAUAUGAAUGGAGCCAGUAUGUGUUCUCAGCUGGACUGCUAUGGGCUUAAAUGAAGAUAGAUAUGUUGGACUCAGUAUAAUAUUCUGUAAAGUAAUUCUGCAUAAGACAGAUCUUGGCCUUUAUCUGAAGGGAGGACCAAAGUACCAAAAAAGACAUUUCUUAUGAGGCAAUGAUCUGACCUAGACUCAGAAAGCAGUCCCAGUGUAAAAGCCCUCCAGUGGAUCAGUAUUCCGGAGAAGAAGAAAAUGCUCACACCCUUGUCACAUUAAAGUAUUAUUUCCUUGA